AUGGUUAACUCCACUAAAGUUGCUAAGAGAUUGAAAAAUGAAAUCAAGAGUCAUAGCAACUGGAAAAUGGAAGAGUUUAGAGAAAAAGUGUGUCAUGAUGAGAAAUUUAAUAUAAGUAAUAAACACGCCUAUAGGGCAAUGGCAAAGGCAAAGACAGUAAUACAAGGUGAACUAGAGGAUUCUUUUAACAAACUUUGGAGUUAUUGUCUUGCAAUUCAAAAGACUAAUCCAAUGACAAGUUGUAUUGUUAAACUUAGUGACUUGGAAGAUCCAGUAGGAAGAAAGAGGUUUUUAAGAAUGUACAUUUGUUGGGAGGGUUAUAAAUAUUGUAGGCCUAUUGUGGGAGUUGAUGGUUGUCAUCUGAAGGGGAAAAUGGGGGGCCAGUUAUUGACAGCGGUAGGAGUUGAUGCUAAUGAUGGUAUAUUCCCUUUAGCUUAUGCAAUAGUUGAAGGAGAAACAAAGGAUUCAUGGAUAUGGUUUUUAGAGCUUCUUAAAAAAGACUUGGGGAUUACAGAAGGAAAUGAUCAUGAGAUAACUUUCAUCUUUGACAAGCAAAAGGGAUUAAUUCCUGCAUUUCAUAAUGUUAUACCAACAGCAAAACACAGGUUCUGUGUUAGACACUUACAUGGAAACAUGAAAGUUGCUGGGUUUCAAGGAAAAGCCAUCAAAGAUGUUCUUUGGGAUGCAGCUAGAGCUACUACCAUAAAUAGUUUCAAAUUAGCAUUGAGAAAGAUCAAGGAGUUGGAUGUGAAGGCUUUUGAAUGGUUGUCAGAUAAGCAUCCUAGUGAAUGGUCAAGAUCUCAUUUCUCUUUUACUGCCAAGUGUGAUAUGUUGGUAAAUAAAGAAGGCAAGCCACUAAAUGGAACACUCCAAUCUGUCCAAGAAUUCUUGAAAAACUUGAGGCGAAUGAGAAGGCAGCAGGGGGAUACUUGGGAUACCAGUGUGGUGAACAAUUGUUUGAGAUUAGAGGAAUGUGGGAAGAUCAACGCGAAGUUGACUUGGGGGACUAGGACUUGCAGUUGUAAGAAGUGGGAUCUCACGGGAAUCCCAUGCAAACAUGCUAUUUGUGCAAUUUGGUUGAAAAAUGGCAAAGGACCAACUUAUCAAUUUGUAAGUCCCUUGUACUCUAUUGAUACUUAUUUGAAGGCAUAUGCAGGUUGUAUCAAUCCCAUGUCUGGCCAUGAAGAGUGGCCAAUGACAGAUAGGGAGCCACCACUUCCUCCCUUGUACACAGCAAAACGCGAAAGGCCAAAGAAACAAAGGAAGAGGGGGGCAGAAGAGCUCAUCAAAGAUGGGACAAGACUAUCAAGGGGUCAAAUUAGACUUCAUUGCACCAAAUGUAAAAAAGCAGGCCACAAUGCAAGAAAGUGUCCACAAGAUCCCAAUAUUAGAGAAAGGAUGGCAAGUUAA